CAGAGGAAACACGCAGUUCUCAACAAGCAGACGAUGCUCUGAGGUUUGACGGUGGUUAUUCUGUGUACAAGUCAAUUAGAACUUAACAGAAGGACUGUAGCGAUGGCGGAAGAGGUCAACUACGCUUCAGUUGUAUUCAAAAAAAAGAAGCAUUCCCCACCUAAAGCUAAAGAGGAGGAGGAACCUGUGUACAAUGAAGUGAGGGUGCCAAGCAAAAGAACUGAAGACACUGCUGACACAAACGCUAAAGAGGAGGAGGAACCUGUGUACCAUGAAGUGACGGUGCCAAGCAAAAGAACUGAAGACACUGCUGACACAAACGUCUCAGCAGGACUUUUGCCAGACAAGAGCACAGACAGCAGAGGUCGCUGCUAUCAGCAGGUGGCUUGUUGUUUGGGGAUUCUUUGUGUCAUUUUGCUGCUGGGCUUCAUAUCAGUCUGUGUCUGCAUUGCUACAAUAAGUAAUCAAAGUGAGAAGGAGCUGAAAGAAAACCAAACAGCUCUACUGGCUCUCAAUCACAACCUGACACAAGACUUUAAAAGCAACAUCACAAAGCUGUCUGCAGAAAACCAGAACCUGAUAUCACAAAACACCAAGCUGUCUGCAGAAAACCAGAACCUGAUAUCACAAAACACCAAGCUGUCUGCAGAAAACCAGAACCUGACAUCACAAAACGCCAAGCUGACUGCAGAAAACCAGAACCUGACAUCACAAAACACCAAGCUGUCUGCAGAAAACCAGAACCUGACAUCACAAAACCAGCAGCUGGAGACACAGAGGAGGAUGGAGAAUGAGCUCAACGUUAGUCGAGCUCAGUGGAGCAUUGAUACUUUCUGCCCAAAACCAAAAAACCAAAACAGAACAUGUAAAGCUUGUCAGGAUGGCUGGUUACACUCCCAGUCCAGCUGCUAUGUGAUUCAUAACCCUGAUGUUUCUGGUCAGAAAACCUGGGAAGAAGCUCGAGAAAACUGCAGAGGAAAGAGUUCAGAUUUGGCUGUUAUAGUUGAUGAAACGGAGAAGACAUUCAUCAGUAAAAACAGUUGGGGCAGUUCAGGAACCAAGGGAUACUGGAUUGGCCUGAGAGCUGAAGAUGAGAAAUGGAAGUGGGUCAAUGGAAAUGUUCCGGAAUACUCCUGGAUACAACAACCUGCUACCAACAGUCAGUGUGUAAUUUCUGUCCAGAAAGAAGGAUGGAAAUCAGUGAGCUGUGGUGCCAGAAACUUCUGGAUCUGCAAAAAGAAGGCUUUAUCUGUUUAAACACUGCAGUCAUACUUGAGAAGGUUACUGGGUACAAAUGUUAUUAAUGUUUUGAUAUAUUUAUAUUUGUUAUAGAAAUAGUUGCAUAUAUAAGGCGGCACGGUGGUGCAGUGGUUAGCACUGGUUCAAACCCCGGUUUCCCCGGCCUUUCUGUGUGGAGUUUGCAUGUUCUCCCCGUGUCUGCGUGGGUUCUGUCCGGGUGCUCCGGCUUCCUCCCUCCAUCCAAAGACAUGCAGGCUAGGUUGACUGGUUGCCCUAAAUUGUCCUAUUUAUUCAAACUGAAUUCUUUUUUAAACCUGGUUGUUAAUUUGCUGUGUGUAUCUAAUGUAUAUGUACAUUUAGAAACUGGAUAAUAUUGGUACUGUGACUACUGACACCAGCAUUUAGGAAAAUACAGCCACUGACCUAAAGAGGUACUAAACUGUUAAUUAUUAAUAACUUUGAACGUGCUUGUCUUCUGCUUUGUUAGAGAUGCAGUGCUUAUGAUUUGUGAAUCAGCAGGUUCAUGAAAGUGAUCAACAGACUGCUCAGUUUCCUGUUUCCUGUCACAUUUUACAUUGUUGCCACUAAUUGGCCAAUUGGCUGCAGCACUUGUUCUUAAGAGAAUGUUCCAGGGUCUGUUUGUUAUUUGUAUUCUGAUGUGUACAUACUUGUAAAGGGGACAGUUAAGUGUUAAGUGAGUGAUCUCUGCUAUUUAUCAACCUCUGCUGGAAAGCAGCGGGACUGCAUGGUGUAUCAAGUCCAUUCCUGUAGUAGCGCUGACUGAUUCCAGAUUUCAGUCUUUGUAUCACAUAAUUCCACUCCUGUGAAAUUACAGAUAUAUGUACAGCCACACAAUUUGACAGCGUGCUGAAGGGACCUGGUGCACAAUUUCCCAGCUACUAAGUCUUAUUUUCUUCAUCUAUGAAUGUCAAGUGACUAAUUAUUUAUUCAAUGAAAUAUCAAAAGUCAGUGAAAAAUGUUCAUCAGUUUCCCAAAGAGAAUCUUCAAAAUGACGUUUCAUCUGACCAACCGUCCAAAACCCAAAGAUAUUUUGUUUACUUUGAUAUAAAAAGAGAAAAGGAAGCAAAUUAUCAUGCUGGAGAAACUGGAAUCAGAAAUCUGAGACAAGAGGGUAAAAGUGAGACAGUAAAUACAUCAAACACACAUUUGGAACUGUACAUUUUUACACACAGACAAAACAAACAGAAUAUCUGACCCAAUUUCCUUUCAGUUUCACUUUAGGUCUGUGCUCAUAUGAACUGCUAAAUAAGUGAGAGAGAGUGUGUGUGUGUGUUUACACUCACAGAUUUGACGGUCUGUUUGAUGUAGUCCUUCCUGCUGGUCAGGUUUUGGUCUGGGUAAAACACAGGAAGGAAAAGUUAUUUUCCAUUAGACAAAAGAAAGAAUUACUCACAAGGAUGUGUCAUACGUUCCUACGAAAUAUUAUCUGGGAGAUGUGCUUUAGCUACACAGAGCCUCAUCUGAUGAACUGUAAAAGGCUCACUGUUUAAUCUGGUGGCCUCUCAUAGACAAACAUCUUGACUGUUUUUUUUGUUUCAUGAUUGUUUCUUCUUUUCAUGUAUCAAAAUAACUUUAAUCUGAAUGAAAAAACAGCAGAUCAGCAAUCAGUUAAUUAAUAGCAGUCGUUAUGCUGAUGCUUGUAGGAUCCUACUGCAUAAACCAUAUUUAUUGCUACAUUGUGAUUGAGAAUGCAGUUGAGUCAAGGGUCAUUUCAUUUAGGUCAUUUUGUUUUGUUUGAGCCAUGCAGUUUUUGUCCAUCAUGGUUAUUUGUAUUAUGCUGUAUAGACCAGCCUGCUGUCAUCUUAAUAUGUUAGAUAUGAAGCAGCAGCUUCAGAUGGCCUUAGAACAUAACAAAUGACAAUAAACAACCUUUAAUUGUUCUGGUUUC